AUGUUUGUCAGCUCCACGGCAAGAACAGACAUCAUCUUUCAGAACCAGUCGAUUUCAGAUGGGCAUGGGCAGACCCUGGUGUCCAUGGGAAAAGAAUUUGUGCUCGGUUUCUUCAGCCCUGGAGCUUCGAGCAACCGGUAUGUUGGUAUAUGGCACAACAAUGUUUCAGAAAGAAGAGCUGUCUGGGUUGCUAAUAGGAAUAAUCCAUUCCAAGAUACUUCUGGCAUACUUAAGUUUGAUAACAGUAGUAAUCUGAUUGUUUUAGAUGGGAGGGGCAACUCAUUCACAGUGGCUUAUGGACGGGGAGUGCAAGAUGUGGAGGCUGUAAUACUGGAUAAUGGCAACUUUGUCGUAAGGAGCAUCACGAACCGAGCUAACAUCAUAUGGCAGAGCUUUGACUUUCCUACAGAUACAUGGCUCCCUGAAAUGAACAUUACAUUUGGUAGUAAAUUGCUGGUCUCAUGGAAGAGCUAUGAUGACCCAGCAGUGGGGGAUUAUUCUUUCGGGCUUGACAGAACUAAUGCACUUCAACUCAUUAUCUUGUGGAAAGGCUUCGCACAAGAAGACAUGACAGGAAAUACCCGGAAAGGGUGCACGAGGCAAACCCAACUGCAGUGUAAUGGGGAUAGCCUAUGGUAUGGCAAUCUAACAAAUAUGCAGGACGGGUAUAAUGGGAGUGGAGCAGGAACUCUUUAUCUUCGUGUUGCUGCAUCAGAGUUAGAAUCAACCAAUAGUUCAGGUCAUAAAAUACUUUGGAUAGCUGGUGUACUUCCUUCAGUUGGAUUUCUUAGUUUUUGUCUAAUCUUGUUUAUUUGGAUCAGGAGAUCAAAAAGUAAAGGGAAAGGAAAACAGGAUGGUCAUCACUCCGUAAUGACUUCGGAUGCUAUCAAACUCUGGGAGGGUGAGGAGACAAGCUCUUAUUUUGCGACGUUUUCCUUUUCACAAAUAAGAAAUGCUACAGACAAAUUUUCAACAGAAAACAUGCUUGGAGAAGGGGGGUUUGGCCCUGUGUACAAGGGCCACUUGCCAGAUGGGCGGGAGAUUGCUGUUAAGAGACUAGGAGCACAUUCAGGGCAAGGGUUACCUGAGUUUAAGAAUGAAGUCCUGCUUAUUGCUAAGCUUCAGCACAGAAAUUUAGUCCAGCUGUUAGGUUGUUGCAUUGAAGAAGAAGAGAUGUUAUUAGUGUAUGAGUACAUGCCGAACAAAAGCUUGGAUUUCUUCUUAUUUGAAAAAUCAAGAAGAGCUUUGCUAGACUGGGAAAUGCGGAUGACCAUAAUUGAAGGGGUUGCACAGGGUCUUAUUUAUCUCCACAAGCAUUCUCGGCUUAGAAUUAUUCAUAGGGACCUGAAAGCAAGCAACAUUCUGUUGGACACUGAUAUGAACCCUAAGAUCUCGGACUUUGGGAUGGCGAGAAUAUUUGAUCCCAAAGGAACACAAGCUAAUACGAAAAGAGUUGUCGGAACAUAUGGCUACAUGGCUCCUGAGUAUGCUAUGGCUGGCAAUUUCUCCACUAAGUCCGAUGUAUUUAGCUAUGGAGUCUUGCUUCUGGAGAUUAUCAGUGGAAUGAGAAAUGCUGGAUCUCGAAGACAUGGCAACUCUGUUAGCCUCCUUGGUUACGCAUGGGAACUAUGGAACGAAGGCAGAUGCCAUGAGCUCAUUGAUACACCAUUACAUGGUAGAUGUCCUGAGAAUGUAGCGCUAAAAUGCAUUCAUGUCAGCUUGUUGUGUGUUCAGGAGCAAGCUGCGGAUCGACCCUCCAUGACUGAAAUCAUUUCAAUGAUUACCAAUGGAAGUGCCAUCUUACCAGACCCAAAGCAACCUGGUUUCCUCUCCAUGCUGGUCCCAAAUGAAACUGAUAUCGCUGAAGAAACGUGCUCCCUGAAUGGUCUUUCAGUUACGAUCCUUGACGGAAGAUAG